UGCUUGGGGAAGGGCUUGGCUGAGCGGCAGCCGGGGUCGGUCUUGCGGGUUGAGAAGAGCGAGCGUUGGGCAUCAGCUGGUUCAUGAGCCCGCUACGCUGCUCUUGAGGGGGUGAUCGAAGUGGUGGGCGAGGCGGGGAGCCUGGCACCUCAGCUGUCUGAGUACGGAAGUCGCGGCCGGAGGUACUAGAGGGAGCGGGUGCUGCGACGCUGACGAGUCCAACAAAAUAUCCUAUUGAGAACCUACAUCCUUUCAACUCAGAACCCAAAUGGCUCAAUGGGAGAGGCUGCAGAACCUGGAUGGCCCAUUUCAGGCCCAACUGGACGAGCUCUACCUGAAAUACAGCCUCCUGCCAGUGGACAUCCGACAGCACUUGGCUGUCUGGAUUGAAGACCAGAACUGGCAGGAAGCUGCACUAGGCAAUGAUACUUCCAAGGCCAACAUGCUAUUCUUCCAGUUUGUGGACCAGCUGAACAAUGAAUGCGGCCGCUGCAGUCAGGACCCCGAGUGCUUAUUGCUGCAGCACAACUUGCGAAAAUUCUGCCGGGACAUUCAGGCCUUACCCCGGGGCUCCACCCAGCUGGCUGAGAUGAUCUUCAAUCUCCUUCUGGAAGAAAAAGGAAUCCUGAACCAGGCUCAGCGGGCUGAGGUGGGGCAGGGAAACCCAGCUCCGGAAGUACCUGUGGAGAGCCAGCGCUCUGAGAUUGAAUCCCGCAUCCUGGAUUUAAGGGCUAUGAUGGAGAUGCUGGUGAAGUCCAUCCACCAAGUGAAAGACCUUAACGAUGUCUUCAGCUUCCGAUAUAUGAUACUCAAUAAAGGGAAGACGUCCUCCUCGGACCCGCAUCACAGCAAACAGCUGCAGCUUGUGCAGGAAACUCUGAAUGAACUGGACAAAAGGAGAAAGGAGGUGCUGGAUGCCACCAGAGCGCUGCUGGGCCGACUGACCACCCUCGUCGAGCUCCUGGUGCCGAAGUUGGAUGAGUGGAAAGUCCAGCAGCAGAAAGCCUGCAUUGGAGCCCCGCUAAAGCCCGAGCUGGGACAGCUGGAGACGUGGUUCACAGCUGGAGCAGAGCUGUUGUUUCACCUGCGGCAGCUGCUGAAACAGCUGAAGGAACUAAGCGACUCGGUGCGCUAUGAAGGCGACCAGCUGAAGCCGGGGGCAGAGCUGCUGAACGCCCAGGUCACAGAGUUGCUGCAGUGUCUGCUGCACAGGGCCUUUGUGGUGGAGAAACAGCCCUGCAUGCCGCAGACGCCCCAUCGGCCCCUCAUCAUAAAGACCGGGAGCAAGUUUACUGUCCGAACGAGGCUGCUGGUGAGACUCCAGGAAGGCAGUGAGUCCCUAACAGCAGAGGUCUCCAUCGACAGGAAUCCUCCUCAAUUACAUAGCUUCCGAAAGUUCAACAUUCUGACCUCAAACAAGAAAACUUUGACUCCUGAGAAGGGGCAGAGACAAGGCUUAAUCUGGGACUUCGGCUUCCUGACACUGGUGGAGCAACGCUGCGGUUCGGGAAAGGGCAGCAACAAGGGCCCGCUGGCUGUGACGGAGGAGCUGCACAUCAUCAGCUUCACAGUGAAGUACACGUACCAGGGUCUGCAGCUGGACCUGACCACGGACACGCUCCCUGUGGUGAUUAUUUCCAACAUGAACCAGCUCUCCGUUGCCUGGGCCUCGGUUCUGUGGUUCAAUCUGCUGAGCCCCAACCCCCAGAACCAGCAGUUCUUCUCCAGCCCGCCCGCCGCGCCCUGGAGCUUGCUGGGCCCGGCGCUCAGCUGGCAGUUCUCCUCCCACAUCGGCCAGGGCCUCAACCCCGAGCAGCUGGCCAUGCUGAAGGAGAAGCUGUUCGGGAAGCCCUCCAGGACGGAGCGUUCCUUGUCCUGGGCCGACUUCAGUAAGCGAGAGAGCCCGCCUGGCAAGGUACCCUUCUGGACGUGGCUGGACAAGAUUCUGGAACUGGUGCACGACCACCUGAAGGAUCUGUGGAACGACGGGCGCAUCAUGGGCUUCGUGAGCCGGAACCAGGAGCGCCGGCUGCUGAAGAGGACCAUCUCCGGCACCUUCCUGCUGCGCUUCAGCGAAUCUGCGGAAGGAGGCAUUACCUGCUCCUGGGUGGAGCACCAGGAUGACGAUAAGGUGGUCAUCUACUCAGUGCAGCCCUACACCAAGGAGGUGCUGCAGUCCCUCCCGCUGACCGAGAUCAUCCGCCACUACCAGCUGCUCACCGAGGAGAACAUACCUGAGAACCCGCUGCGCUUCCUCUACCCCCGAAUCCCCCGCGAUGAGGCUUUUGGGUCCUACUACCGGGAGAAAGUUAACCUUGAGGAACAGAGGAAAUACCUGAAACAUAAGCUCAUUAUGGUGUCUAACAGGCAGGUGGAUGAGCUGCAGCAACCUCUGGAGCUUAAGCAGGAGCCAGAACUGGAGUCCUUAGAGCUGGAGCAAAGGCUGGUGCCACAGCUGGAGCUGGGGAUAGGCCUGGAGUUAGAGCCGCUGUUGGAGACAGGGCUGAAUCUGGGCUCAGCGCUGCAGCCGGGGCUGGACCCGCGGCCUGCGCUGGAGCCCGCUGUACUCAUCGCGCCGCAGCCGGGGCUGGACCCGGAUCUGCCUCAGGACCUGCAGCACUUGAGCACGACAGACAUGGAAAUCUUCAGGAACAGUGUGAAUAUUGAAGAUAUCAUGCCGAACGGGGACCCGCUGUUGGCUGGCCAGGGCAUCCUGGAUGAGCCCUACGUCUCCUGCCCCAGCCAUUUCUGCACGGACGGACCCUUGAAUCCUGACUGCUAGGAGUCAAGCUACAUUUCCUCUGUUCUUUGUGUCGUUUGUCCUUCCUGUGCCCCCCCCCCCAUUGCUCUCCAAGGAUAAGAAAUCAGGCGUUCUAACCUGGA